AGUGGCAGGCAGUGUGUGUCGGUCGGGCAGAGACAGUAACGGGAGCGUAUGAGGUGUAUGGUCGGUGUGUAUGACAGCAAGCAAGCAGAGUCGUGAGGCGCGAGAUCUUACGACGGAGCGCGGAAACACCAACACACAACCAGCAAAGCAAAGCAACGGUCUAGUCGUUUAAGUAGUUAAUGCAGUGCAGUGUUGUUUUCCGUCGAAAUUUGGUGACAGUGGUUGGGUGGUAGUGCCUUGAUAAGAUGGCAGUCAACCAGGACGAGGCCAAGCCAGUGCUCAGAGUGGACCAGGACUCAGAAACCGAUCUCCAAGCGCUGUUCGACAGCGUACUCAAACCGGACUGCAAACGACCAUUGCAAGUGCCAUGGAGUAUGCGAAAGUUGCCCGAUUCCUUCUUCAACCCCCCGUCCACGGGCUCCAAGAGCAUUAACCACUCGCGCGAUAACUCCGUGGACUCUGCCUUUGGCGGCCAAAGCGGCGGCGGCAGCGGCACCGCGGGCGGUACCGCGACAGCCGCCCCAGCUAAUGCCGUACCGUUACAAACGGCUCACCACAGGGCACACAGUUCUCCGGCCUCUUUGCAACAGACGUACGCUGUCGGACAGCAACAGCCUGCCCCUGCUCACCACCACAUCAAACAAAGAUCAUACGACGUAGCCAGCAAAAACGAUGACGAUACCCCAUUGCCCCACGGAUGGGAACAGGCCCGCACCGCCGAAGGACAGGUGUAUUAUUUAAAUCACACGACAAGAACGACAACAUGGGAGGAUCCAAGGAAGACCCUUGCUGCGCAGGCUGCUGCUGCGCAGCACCAAAGUGCAGAACACUUGUUAAGCUCGCCACCAUCACAUCAGUCACCUAACUCAACAUCCAAAAUAACGACAGAAGUAGACUUAGGGCCUUUACCUGAUGGAUGGGAGCAGGCUCAAACGAACGAAGGCGAAAUUUACUUUAUUAACCAUCAGACUCGCACUACUUCGUGGUUUGACCCUCGAAUUCCCACACAUUUGCAGCAGAGAUCUCCCAACAACCUAAUCGGCCCAGCAUGGCACUCGACCUUGUCGCAAUCGUCCCCAGCCAAUCAGGCGCAGCAAACACGGCUCCACUUGUUGCAGCUGGAACGUGAAAAAUUGAAACAAAGACAGCAAGAAAUCAGGAGGCAAGACAUGCUGAGAAGCAGCAGUCCCAUGGACCCCUAUUUAAGUAGCUACACCGACCACUCGCGACAGGAGUCUGGGGACAGCGGCUUAGGUAUGGGCAAUACCUAUUCGCUCCCGCACACCCCUGAAGACUAUUUGGCCAACAUGGACGACAACAUGGACGUUGGCAGCGAAAGUCAUACCAUGGACACACCGGAUCUCUCGACUUUAAGUGAUAACAUCGACUCGACCGAUGAUUUAGUACCGACAUUGCAAUUGGGCGAGGAGUUUCCCAUUUUGGAGGAUGUGCAGUCGUUAAUCAAUCCCCCCACUUCAAAGCCUGACAACAGCCUUAUUUGGUUGUAAAAGUUGUUUAUUUACUUCGAGUUUGCAAUAUACUUUAGGGAUACAAGUGUGGAAACCGCAGAAAUGAUAUUAUUAUUAUUAUUUGUACAAAAUUAACACCAUAUUUCUUUUAUUUUGGGUUUAAAGGUUGCCACAUAUUUUUUUUACAUCAAUUUCUGUAAAAAAAAACAGUAUUUUUACCCAUAAUGACAACUUUCUUGGAAUAUCUAUAAUUUCCCAUUUUGGGCCGUUUUUGCGGUUUCCAUAUUGUAUCUGCUAUUGUACGAUUAGUGUACGCUUUAAAUGGCAAUAACAAAUCAAAAAUAACAUUUAAGUUAAAACUAUAUGAAAUUGUUUUCGUUUUUUUUAAGUUUUAAAUAAGCAUUUUUAUUGUCGCACAAAAUAUGGGAACGUUUAUUCACUAUUUGGUAUGUUUUCAUACACAUUUUAUAGUUUUUAUUAUUAAGUUAGUUGUACUUCUUGUUGUAUUGUACUGAAAAACAACGGCGUUUUAAUAUUUAUUUAUUGUUGUGUGAAUAACCCCUUAUUUGAUGUUACAUGUUAUACAUUUGACAUUGUUUAAUUUUACACAAUUUUUAAUAAAUAUUUUAUUGAUUUGCACAUCUAUAAGGGUGUGUUCUAAAAUUCACAUUUAAACUUGUUCGUAAAUGUAUAAUUUUAGAGGAACAUUAAGCACAAAUUUUCGUGCAAUAUAUAAUAAAAUUGACUGUUUUAUGUUAGCUUGAAGUUAAUAUAAAAACAUGUUGCUCAUAAAAAACAAAUCCAUCCAUUUUGGUGCCUUUUAUAAUAUUAAUAAUGUAUAUACUCGACAAUCGUUAUUAAUAAUCAUAGAUUUAUAGACUAUAUAAUACAUUAUUUGUUCACUAACAUACAUAUGUAUCAGUGCCUUUGACACGUUUAUUUUAGUGUUUAGAAUAAGUGUUAGCUUUAAUUAACAUUUUUUUAAUGUUCUUUACUCUCAAAAAAGCUAUAUUAUAUUUUAUUUAAUAAUUAUUUAAUUGUAUACACACUCGAGAGAUCAAAAG